GCAUCUCUUAGAUCUCUUUAAAUUCAAGACAUUCUCAACAUUUCGGGCCUAUUUGAUCUCUUCCCAUUUGAAUUUUUUGCGUUUAUCCAUCAAAUUUUGAAUAUUUUGCAUAGAUCCGAAAUCUGAUUGGGAUCUAUGAAUUUUCCAUUCCUCGAACUGACACCCUUUGUCAGACCCGGGAUGAUAUUGCUUGGAAGGCAACAUUUUGCUGCUUUGUUUGAUAUGGUUCAAGUUUGUAACAGUUCAUGUCACUUUGGGUCUUGGUGGGGGGAGGGGGGAUUGGACGGAUUGAAUGAUAUUUCUUUCAAUUUUUAAAAUCUUUAGUUCCCCAGUUUUUUAGUAUACCUUUUGCAAGAUACUUUUUUAUACAGCUUUUAAUUGGUAUUCAUGGGAACGGUUGUUGAAGCAGCAAACAAGGAUGAAAAUGGAAGCACCGUAGAGAAAAAGCCUACAGUUGUUUUUGUGCUAGGUGGUCCGGGAAGUGGAAAGGGCACCCAAUGUGCAAAAAUUGUUGAACACUUUGGGUAUACUCACCUCAGUGCUGGUGAUCUUUUGCGAGCAGAAAUCAAAUCUGGUUCUAAAAAUGGCACUAUGAUUCAGAAUAUGAUUCAAGAAGGGAAAAUUGUUCCCUCAGAGGUCACAAUUAAGCUUCUGCAGCGAGCGAUGCAGGAAAAUGGCAAUGACAAAUUUCUCAUUGAUGGUUUUCCUCGUAAUGAGGAAAACCGUGCAGCAUUUGAAAAUGUGACUGGAAUAGAGCCAACAUUUGUCUUGUUUUUUGACUGUCCUGAGCAAGAGAUGGAGAAGCGCCUCCUUUCUAGAAACCAGGGAAGAGUGGAUGACAACAUUGAAACUAUAAGGAAGCGGUUUAGGGUUUUCUUGGAGUCUAGUCUCCCAGUGGUAAAUUAUUAUGAUGCAAAGGGAAAAGUUCACAGGAUUGAUGCUGCAAGGCCUAUUGAAGAGGUCUUUGAAACAGUCAAGGCCAUUUUCACUCCAAAAAAUGAGAAGGUAUUCUUAUUUCAAUAUAUUGCCAUUCAUACCCUCAUCUGUAUUCUUAAAGCAUUGAAGGCUUCUGUUAAACUAAAUCUCAAAGUUCGGCUGCUACAAAAACUAGAUAGACAAAGGUUGUUUCUAUGGAAUGUUCUCUUUUGCAAAACGUAGAAUAUAUUAUUAAUCAUUGCGUGCAUUUAUACACAUGUAUUCAUUUACACAUUGUGGUAUUUGAACUGUUUUUUGAAUAUUAAUUUAUUAAUUAUAUUGGAUUUUUUAGUAUGGAAAUAAAUUGUGUUCGCUGA